UAAAGCCUCAGUCAGUCAGUCAGUCAGUCAGUCAGUCAGUUUAGCUGCUAACGCAGACUGAGAGCACACGUUAAAUAUAGAGCAGACUCUCACUCCUGACCAGGAACAAACAGGCUGAAAGAAGAAGAAGAACUGAUUUUAUUGAAGCUGAAAGAAAGAGUCUCUCUCUCUCUCUCUCUCUCUCUCUCUCUCUCUCUCUCUCUCUCUCUCUCUCUCUCUCUCUCCUCAGUUCUAACUCGCCCUUUGAGCUCACAGACCAAACUUGGAGAGGACAAAGCUUCACACUGCUCUGUUACUGCGCCUCCAACUUUGGCAAGAGAACUUACGGUCAGAGAAGAAGAAAAAGACCAGAGAAAGCUAAAGACGAACAUUAAAGGACAGAAGAUAUUUCAGAAAUAAUCAGAUAAACACAGUGAUGUGAGAGAUGAACUCAUCACAGAGGACAGGAGUCAUAUUUUGGGACUGAACAGCUGUGUGUGACGCCUCUGACGGACUGAGACCAGGUAGAAAAUGCGAUCCUGGAACUGCACCAUGGAUGGUCCAGAUGGCGGACGCAUCCAGCCCACUAAAGGUUUCAUCAAGCAGGAAGAGGAGAACACACCCGAGCUCACAAAGAGGAAGAUGAAGGUCCAGCAGGAGGAGAAGGAUGGGAGAACAGCAGGGUCAGCUAAGAAACCCCAGAAACCUGCAGAGAGCAGGAAGGCAGCAGCGUUGGAUCUGUCAAAGACGGACCUGCUACACCUGCUGGGAAUCAUGGAAGGAGAAGUUCAGGCCAGAGAGGACAUCAUCAGCCUGCUGAAAUCAGACAGAACCAGACCAGAGAGUCUGGAGGCUCACUACGCCUCAGCUGUCCCCACCAAACCCCUGCAGGCCCUGCAGAGAGACGGACUGCUCACCCUCAGCAACAACAGCACUGAGGACGUGUAUGAGAAACCAAUGGCCGAGUUGGACCGUCUGGAGGACAAACAGAAGGAGACGUACAGACGGAUGUUGGAGCAGCUGCUGCUGGCAGAGAAAUGUCACCGCCGCACCGUCAUGGAGCUGGACAACGAGAAACGCAAACACACCGACUUUAUGAACAAGAGCGACGACUUCACCAACCUGCUGGAGCAGGAGAGGGAGAGACUCAAAAGGUUGUUGGAGCAGGAGAAGGCCUACCAGGCUCGUAAGGACAAGGAACACAGCAGGAGGCUGGAGAAGGUCAGAGCGGAACUGGUUAAGCUCAAGUCCUUUGCCCUGAUGUUGGUAGACGAGCGGCAGCUGCAUAUCGAGCAGAUUGACCAGCAGAGCCAGAAGAUCCAAGACCUCACUCAGAAGCUGCAAGAGAAAGAGCAGCGUUUGACGGCGGUCAGUGACACCGCAAAGGAGGACGGACAGAAGAUCCUCAAGUUGGAGGCUGAGCUGGAGCACAAAGCAGCCAAGUCUGCACAGGAACACGAGGAGAUGACGGCCAAACUGGCCAACGAAGAGUCCCAAACCCGACAGCUUAGGCUGAAGCUAGCUGGUUUGGCACACAAGAUUGAAGAGCUCGAGGAGAGCAACAAGGUGCUGCAAAAAUCAGAUGAAGACCUGCAGGAGCUAAGGGAGAAGAUCAGCAAAGGGGAGUGUGGGAAUUCGUCUCUCAUGACGGAGCUGGAGAAUCUGCGGAAGAGAGUGCUGGAGAUGGAAGGCAAGGAUGAGGAGAUAACCAAAACAGAGACUCAGUGCAGGGAGCUGAGGAAAAAGCUGCAGAGUGAGGAGAAUCACAGCAAGGAGCUGAGGCUGGAGGUGGACAAAUUGCAGAAGAGAAUGGUUGAACUGGAAAAACUGGAGGGGGCUUUCAGCAGGAGCAAAACAGAGUGCUCUCAGCUUCAUACAAACCUGGAAAAAGAGAAACGUGUUGUGAAGGAUCUGGCUGGUGAGCUGGAGACGGUGAAAACUCGGUUGAAAGAACUUGAGAGCGCUGAUUCAAAGUUUGAAAAGGCAGAGAUGGUCCUAAAGGAUGAUCUUAUGAAGUUGAAAUCCUUCACAGUUAUACUGGUAGAUGAAAGAAAAAAUAUGGCAGAGAGGCUUAAACAGGAAGAACAGAAAAGUGAUGAUCUGAGUAAGAUGUUCAAAGCAGAGCAGGGCAAGGUUACAGAGGUCACAGAGAAGCUGAUUGAGGAGAGCAAAAAACUUCUCAAAUUCAAAUCAGAAAUGGAGGUCAAAGUGUCAACCCUCAUUAAAGAGAAAGAGGAGUUAAAAACUAAACUUGUAAGUGAAGAGGAAAGGUGUAGGGAGAUGAAUACCAAACUGGGUAGUAUGAAAAUAAGAAUGGAUGGACUUGAGGAAUCAGAGAGGGAAAUGCAGAGAAAGUGGUCCAACAAGGACAAUAACAGAAAUCCAGAUGACGACAACAAAGUCAAAGAGCUCACGCUAGAAAUUGAAAGACUAAAGAGCAGACUCAAACAACUUGAGGUGGUAGAAGGUGAUUUAAUGAAAACAGAGGAUGAGUAUGAUCUACUGGAGAAGAAAUUCAGAACAGAGCAGGACAAAGCGAAUACCCUUUCAAAGCUGCUGGAAGAAAUGAAAAGUCAGAUUGCCAGAAACAAAGCCAUAGAGAAAGGCGAGGUUAUGAGUCCAGAGGCUGAGCUUAGAAUUCGCUGCAAGAUGGAGGAGUCCAAAACCAGAGCGCUGCAGGCAGACGUCCAGGCCCUGAAGGAGAAAAUCCAUGAACUGAUGAACAAGGAAGACCAGCUCUCCCAGCUGCAGGUGGAUUAUUCUGUCCUCCAGCAGAGGUUCAUGGAAGAGAAAGAGAAGAAGAAGAGCAUGAGCCAUGACUUUGUCAACCUUACCAAAGAGCUGGAAGCCACAAAGCGCUACAGUCGUGCCUUGAGGCCCAGCAUGAAUGGAACGAGGAUGGUCAGUGUCCCGGUUACUUCCACAGCAGUGCAGACAGAUGUGAUGGCCAGCGAGCCUGCUGAAGACGAGACGACGGCAGGCUUUAUCCGGAAAUCCGUCCUUGAGGAAAACCACUUAAUGAGCAACCUCAGACAACGGGGACUGAAAAAGCCAACAGUUCUUGAACGAUACCCUCCAGCUUCAGCAGAGCUCGGUGCAAGAAAGUCCUGGACAUCCUGGUUGAAAAGGAAGGAGGCCGUCACACUCGGUCAGACCACUCCUGACAAGACAAAUAGGGCAUCCUUGCUCCAUCCACCUGAGAUUACCAGGCCAGGCCAGCCACUGCACAUCCGAGUGACUCCAGAUCACGAGAACAGCACUGCCACCUUGGAGAUCACCAGCCCUCGAGCUGAGGAUUUCUUCUCCAGCACCACCAUCAUCCCAACUCUCGGCCUUCAAAAACCUCGUAUCACAAUUGUCCCGAAGCCCACAACCGUAGCAUCAAAGAGCAAAUCCUGCGAGUUUGUAGGAGGUCUUGAUCGAGCCAAAUCACCUGUCACGAUAACCACCAUCUCCAGGGCCAUGAGUCCAGAGAAGACCAACGGCUGCAGCUCUGACAGCCUUCAGUCACCGGUGUCCAUCAUCACAGUCAGUACCACUCCUGUGGCUGAAGCAUGUGCUUCAACUGAGCCUCAUGACAUUCCGGCUGGCCGCACAGUGAUCAAGAUGACCCCAGAGAAGCAACCUGGGCUGGCACCUUUUAGGAAAUACAAUGGCAACAGCAACAUCAUCACAACAGAGGACAACAAGAUCCACAUUCACUUGGGUCCACAGUAUAAGAGGCCUUCAGAGGGCUGCAGUAAUCCAGUGUUGACACUCAGAAGCUCAGAAAGCAGCAAGGAAAUGUCAACAGGAACGGUUCUCCGCUCCCCACGCCAGACCUCAAUGGGGAAGACCACUCAGAGCAAAAUGACAAGCAGCAUAACAAUCACACCAAUCACCUCAGCAUCCUCCAAGCCAACACAGUCAGUGCCCAGUUCGGAUGUGCAGUCAGCUCGGAGUGCUGCCACACGGAUCCCAGUGUCAAAAGGUCCACUGAUGGACACCGCCUCGGCAAACACCAGACGCUGAGCUGAGAUCCGCUGAGAUGGUUGAAGCUGCAAGACACACAGUGAAGCACUUCUUCACCUUUAUUCGGACCCAGUGAAUUAUCAGUUCCUCUUACAUCUUGUUGGCAAGGCGUGAUGUAAACAAGGCUGCAGUUUGAAAUGAAAGAACUAAGAGCUUUCACACAGAGUGUUAUCUACGUACUUUGUGCAGUUUGAGGUACAGUCACAAUCUGAAAUGUAGUAUUCAUCAGUUUGUCCAGGCUGUCCAGACUUUGUUGGCACCGCCCCCUUCUCCUUGCCCAGUUAUAAAUAAUUUUUCCCUAAAUUUUCAAUCUUAUCUUUUGGUUGUAGUAAUCACAAAAGUUCAUGAAGCUGAAUCAACAAAUGUACAGUGAUUGCCAUCUACAGUGAAGAGAUCAUACUUCAGACUGAAUGAUGAGCUGAGCGUUUCAGGGCUUGAAGUCUGAGGGGGUAGCUGAGGCAGUGGAGAGGGCCUGUUGAACAAAUCCCCAUCUCUUUAACCAGGCAUUCAUACCAAAAACAGCUCUGUGGUCAGUUGGACGGGAUACCAGUGAGAGAGAGGAAAAGUUGCACCACUCCAAGUGAAUCACAGUGACACCAAAACUGUGUUUAUAUGAAAGUCACAUUGGAAGAAAACUGAUGAAUUCACUCAUAAAUGUGGCACAGAAUUGAUCUGAAAAUAAUGUUUUCCUCGUGCCUUACAUGAAUUACAUAAAAUAGAGUACAGUUAGUCAGAUAUUUACCGACUGAACCAAAACAAUGUGUAUGAUAUCAGAGGAAAAUCUAAAAUGGAAGAUUUUUUAAUGGAGUUUUGUGUGAUGCUCUUUGACAGGACAGUUCAUGGAGAGUUAAGUAUAUGCUGUAUCAUGGCAAGGACUUUUGACCCAAUAUCCCAUCUCACCACUUGUUGCUGGCGGCAUUACCCAUUUAUUUUGCCACAAUACUCCUUUGUGUAUUUAACACAGUAAUGGGUAAUAGUUACAUCUCAUAUGUUCCACAGAAGGGCAGAAAAAAGCUUGUAGCUAUAAUUGUAUAUUUUUUAGAUAUCUUAAGGUUUAAUUUCUAGAAUAAAAAAGGGGCCUGUGAGUUAUCUGAAUGUGAUAAUUUGGUCCUGGAAAGACAGUUUGUCGUACAGUGGAAAUGUGGUUUAAUGCUGGAUUUAAAAAUUGCUUUUGAAAGUUACUUAUGUGUAUGGAAAGUAGCAAAGGGAAAUCAAUGGUAUGCUGGUUUAAAGUGUAUGUGAUAGUAGGCCUAUAAUAAACAUAAGAAUAUAUUAUUUGUGUUGAUUAUAUACUUUUACAGCGCUUUGGGACUUAAGGAUUUUGGUUUUGUUUUCCUUUGAAAAGCCCACUAUAAAAAAAUACUCCAUUUAUGUGCAGUUAUUAAAUACAGAUGGUGAGAUUUCUGACUGUUGGGACACUUGAGUAAGAUAUACAUGAUAAUGCACCAUGUGUACUUGAAACUACAGCAGUGGAUUUGUCUGAUAAAAAAAUA